AUGCCCGAAUCAAAGCCCAUAUAUGACCAUCGCAAGACCCUAAAAGAGGGCAAUCCUGAAGAUAAGAUCAGAGCAUGGCUUCAACUCACGAUCAACGAGAGCGGUCAUUCUAAACAAGGAGAUUGGAUGAACACUCUCGUUCCUCACCUUGAACUCGUCUCCAGCAACGCUGAGGGCCCUCACCCAUCUUGUGUAUUCUCCUAUACAGUUCAGCCCGACAAUUGCAACCGGUUACAAAACCUUCAUGGUGGCUGCGCGGCUACGCUCUUUGACUGGUGCACAACGUUACCUAUCGCUUUGGUGAACAAGCCUGGCUUCUGGCAGCAUUUAGGUGUAAGCCGAACACUUAAUGUUACCUACAUGCGACCUGUUCCCGUUGGGACUGAGGUGCUCAUUGAGUGCUCUAUCACUCAGAUUGGUCGGAAACUGGCGACUCUGCAUGGAUCAAUGAGGAGAAAAAGCGACAACUUACUGCUAGCGACAGCUGAGCAUGGCAAGGUCAACAUUGAUGCCGAUAUAGCCAAGAUGAAAAUGGCAACAAUAGUUCAAGAUCAAAUAAUGGAUCAAACACCUACUGCUCAACCAAUUUUGCAACUUCCGACCGAAAUAUUGCAUCAUAUAUUGCAAUGGGUUGAACCAGCCGACUUGAUGAGACUACCUCGUGUCUGUUCAGCUUUCAAGAACAUAACCAACUCCAAGAAGCUCUAUCGCGAUGUUUACCUGAACCAACUGGAUGAACCAAGUGACUCCAAGUUGGACUACGAGAAAGAGAUCCGAGAUUUGGUCAACCUAGCGAGAAUAUGUACCAGCCAAGAGGCGUACAAGCAGAAAUCGGAACUUGAUUUUGUUUACGAUACUGUUACUCGCCUUCUCAAAAAUGCUUCUCCUUCUCCAGAUGACACAACCACAUUCUCCACGACACAGGCUCCUUCACGCAACGCAGCUCUCCUUCAACGUAUGUUCAGCAAAGAUGAGACAGUAGAGGCUUUUCUCCAGGGCUCAUCUCUUUUCAACCGUCUACGGGAUGAAGUCCGUCAAGUCAACAGAGAAAACGCCUCUGCACCAACGUCAACUGACCACACUCACCGUGCUCUCCAGCGAAAGAGCGCCCACCUUCACUGCCUGUACUCAAAACCGAUACUCAAUGUCGGCCGUCUUCGGUCUACCAGGACGUAUCCUUAUGCAUGCUCCAAGGUGUAUGAUUUACGCGAAUACACUGAUUGGUCUGGCUGGGGUCCCUUCAUGAAUGACGGGUCGUUCAAUGUUGACUGGGAAAAAGUCGAGGCCAUCCUCAUCGUCCUAGGCCACAACAUUGGCUCGAGAAGCCGGGUGGCACGCAUAUUCGGCGAGAUUUGGGACAGUCCGUUUUCGGGAUCAUUCCCAAACAGUUUUAUGGCUCCUCCACCUCGCGACAUAACCUCACUUGAGGCCCGGGACCCUUAUAGCGUCACAGGCACAUGCGACUUCUUCGCCUUCAACUUCGGAGGCCGUGAUCUCAUCGCACCUGAUGCACCGCGACACACACUCGAUGUGGGUGAAGCGACCCGUCUCAUCAUGAUGCGUAUCAACGUCACGUCAAUAGAGGAACCAGGACCCGAAGACGGACAGGACCUACCCGUGGUCCACUUUCGAGGUGUAUCUCGUUCUUUAGACGAUUCUUUUGACAACAAUGCAAACUCUGAUAUCCGAGGUACCGCUCGCUUGACUAAAGAAGGCGAAGUGAGAUGGACGACUUUUUCGGUGUUCCAUGGCAUUGAGCGUUGGCGCAGUGAGGGUAUCCAAAUAGGAGGCGUGCGCUCCGCUCGUGGUGUUGUGGGAAACUGGUUCGACCGUGAUUACGACGUUCACGGGCCCGCCGGACCUACAGCGUUUUGGAAGGGUGCCACGCCAGAACAAGUCGAAACCAUGGAGGACGAUUUGCUACCCAAUGACUUCUUCCUACCUUAUGGUACACUCAUCGACAUAGACUCCGAAACCGACCCAGAAGGGGAAAUGCCAUAUAGCGGCGAGGAUGAUGAUGAGGAAGACGAAGAUGAUGAGAUGGCAGGCAUAGCAGUAGAAGAGGAGCUCUCGGGUCUAAUUCAGGAUGCAAGUCUACCCCUGCAGAAUAGCAUUAACAGUGAGGGGUUGAAUUAG